UCGCCUUCGCAGACGUGUAUUUCCAUUGUUAGAGCGGUCAGUCGAUCAUCUUGUCAAUUAUAAUAGGUCAUCUUUGAUUAAGCGUUGGAGAGCCUGCAUUUGCGUGCGCAGCUGUGACGUCGGCCAACGAAUGCCAAGACUGGAGGACCCGGUUUGCGCUGUCGGCGUGCAUUUGUGUGUGACUGGAAACAUGUCGGCAAGGAUUGUGCACACCGGAAGAUCAAUGAAAUCUACCAAAACCUAAAGAACCAGUGCAAUUUCACAAUUUUAAAGAAUUUGACAUAGUCCAGGACCCUUUUCCACGGUUGUGUUACCUCUCUGACUCGCGUUUUAGCUUAUUCAGUGGUAGAAGUAUCCAAAACGAAUGGUGGAAGUCGAAUAGAGUCUCGAAGUAGGCUAGGCGGAGAGGAGUGGAGAGUGAAGGGCUCGGCAGGUAGAGACGAGCGCUCGCUUUUGAGGAAUGUUAUCCGUACUCUCCUAUGGAAGAUUGGUUGCGAGGGCUGUCCUUGGCGGACUCUCUCAAACUGAUGGUCGGGACUACAGCCUGGUCACAGCUAGUUGUGGGUUUGGGAAAGACUUUCGUAAGGGGAUAUUGAAGAAAGGGAUGUGUUACGGGGAUGACGCUUGUUUCAUUGCCCGGCAUAGGUCCGCCGAUGUAUUGGGUGUGGCGGAUGGUGUAGGUGGAUGGAGGGACUACGGGGUGGACCCGUCCCAGUUCUCUGCCACCCUGAUGAGGACGUGUGAGCGGCUGGUGAAGGAGGGCCGCUUCACCCCCAGCAGCCCUGUGGGGAUCCUCACGUCAGGCUACUAUGAGCUUCUACAGAACAAAGUACCCCUGCUAGGGAGCAGCACAGCCUGUAUUGUGGUUUUGGACCGACGGAGCCAUCAACUGCACACGUGUAAUCUAGGUGACUCUGGUUUCCUGGUGGUGCGAGGGGGAGAAGUGGUGCACCGCUCGGAUGAACAGCAGCACUACUUCAACACCCCUUUUCAGCUGUCCAUUGCUCCCCCAGGUGCAGAGGGAGUGGUACUCAGUGACAGCCCUGAGGCCGCUGACAGCUCCUCCUUCGACGUCCAGUUGGGUGACAUCAUCCUGACUGCCUCGGAUGGCCUCUUCGACAACAUGCCCGACUACAUGAUCCUGCAAGCGCUCAAAAAGCUCAAGAGUACCAACUAUGACAGCAUCCAGCAGACCGCACAGAGCAUUGCAAAGCAAGCCCAUGAACUGGCCUACGACCCCAACUACAUGUCCCCUUUUGCUCAGUUUGCCUGUGACAAUGGUCUGAAUGUAAGAGGGGGGAAGCCUGAUGACAUCACGGUGCUGCUGUCCAUUGUGGCAGAAUACACAGACUAAGUGUGUGUGAUGUUUAUUGGAACUGUUCACUUCCUUCCCUCUGUCAGUCUUCCACCUGGCUCCUUCUCAAAUGCAUUGCUUCGUGUUGGACAGACUGGGGAGGCGCCCCCCCAUCCCUUCACUGACCUUUCUAUCUCACAGCCACAAAAUAGAACACGCACUCCUCACCACAGAAUUGGGCUCCAUCUCUAUUCUUCCAUUUUGUUUUGGUACUGUAGUGAGGAGGCAGGCUGCAAGGACUUUCUCAUGUUGAACGUGAUACAGAACGGCAUGUUGGUUACCCACAUUCAGACUACGACUGAAUGGCAGUCCUGAGUGUAGGCAAGUUUGCUUUUGCAGGGAGUUGUGCUCGGUAGCCCUGAAACAAGCAGUGGUGUUAUACAUCAAAUAAGCCAUGCUUUGGAGUUGUUGGGGAGAUGUGGUUGUGUUGCCUAUACAUUUUGAUUCUGUCUGUGUUGUAGCUGUGUGACUAUCUGUUCCAAGUCGUCUGUGUGUGUGGAUGAAUACUAAGGCUGUUGAAUUGAGAGGGGCUGGGUUGUUGCGGGGUUUAGAGAGGUUACAGUGACUUGUGAUCAGAAAGGAUGUAGAUCAGCGCGUCAGGGUCUUGGAUUAGGAUACAGGGGUAGCUGGCCAGUAUAAUGUACUAGCUCAGCUAGCAGAGAUCUCUCCAGAG